GUUUCAGCUAGCGAUGGGUGCUUACAUCAGCUGUGAGAGGCUCUGACAGAGGGGACGUGGCUGGUUUGGACCAUUUGGACACAAGAGUCCAGUUGGCAGAUAUGGUGAGGCACAGCAUGGUGACUGAGUUGCAAACCAUCCAGCACUCUCUCCAGGGUAACUCCCUGGCUUUGGGCCAAGUGGGGCAGAGUUGUGGGGGAACUCAGGAGAACGGGGUCGCUUCAGAGGAGAGGCAGCGCCUUUCCCAAGGCCCAGCAGAAAUCGAGAAAAGCCAGCCAGUGAACAUCCCCGAUGCAGCAAAAAGAAAGAAGAAGAAAAGAACCAGAGCAACGGACAGCUCCACAGGCACUUUUGAUGAUCUCUACAAACUGACAGAUGAGGUGCUGGGUCAAGGGGCUUAUGCUAAAGUUCAAGGAUGCAUAAGUCUGCAGAAUGGACAGGAGUUUGCUGUGAAGAUCGUAGAAAAGAGUGCAGGGCACAGCCGCAGCAGAGUCUUUCGAGAAGUGGAAACUCUCUACCAGUGUCAAGGAAACAACAACAUUUUGGAAUUGAUCCAGUUCUUUGAAGACAGCUCCUGCUUUUAUUUGGUAUUUGAAAAGCUUCGUGGUGGCUCCAUUCUUACACACAUCCAGAACAGGAAGUACUUUGACGAGCUGGAGGCCAGUAAGGUGGUCCGGGACAUUGCCCAAGCUCUGGACUUCCUACACACUAAAGGUAGGUCAACAACCAGACAGCUAUGCUAUGAAAGUCCAAAGAGGAUAGCUGUGGAUUAUAUAUAUAUAUAUAUAUAUUCUAUUUAUAUAUAUAUAUAUUCUAUAUAUUUUUUUUCAUUUUGCUCAUGGUGGCUGUUCUUUUCUACAGGCAUUGCCCAUAGAGACCUUAAGCUGGAAAACAUCCUUUGUGAAUACACUGAUCACGUGUCCCCAGUAAAGAUCUGUGAUUUCGACUUGGGAAGUGGAGUGAAGCUCAGCAGUGCCUGUACACCCAUAACGACUCCAGAGCUCACCACACCGUGUGGCUCAGCAGAGUACAUGGCUCCAGAAGUAGUGGAGGUGUUCACUGACGAGGCCUCUUUCUACGACAAACGCUGUGACCUUUGGAGUCUCGGGGUCAUCCUCUACAUCCUGCUGAGCGGCAGCCCCCCCUUCACAGGCCACUGUGGCACCGACUGUGGCUGGGACCGGGGAGAAACCUGCAGAACCUGCCAGAGUCACCUGUUUGAGAGCAUCCAGCAGGGCCAGUAUGAAUUUCCCGACAAGGACUGGGAUCGCAUCACAGAGGGGGCCAAGGAUCUCAUCUCCAAGCUGCUGGUCCGGGACGCAACUCUGCGGCUCAGUGCUGCACAGGUCCUCAAGCACCCUUGGGUGCAGGGGAACGCUCCAGAGAGAGGUCUUCCAACUCCUCAUGUUCUACAGAGGAACAGCAGCACCAAAGACCUGAGCCAGUUUGCAGCAGAAGCCAUCGCCUUCAACCGGCAGCUAUCUCAGCACGACGAGCAGCAGGAGGACGUCGGAGCCACCGUUUGCUCCAUGAGGCUUUCUCCUCCUUCCAACUCCAGACUGGCCCGCAGACGGGCGCAGACCAACGCCCUUCGCACCGGGGACUUUGCACCCGCGUCCGACGACCUCACAGCCUGAAGGGCCAGUACGAGUCCCCUCAUUGUGAUUUAAGCCUCUACCUGCUCCUUGCGUGUUGUUGUUUUUGUUUUUGUUUUUGUUUUCACCAGGAGCCUUUUAGGAUCAGCAACACAGCUACUGUUCUUGGUGUUGAAGCUCUUUCCCAUGGCCAGUAAUCUUAUCACCUAGAGUUUGAGCACUAAGGGGAUGUUUUUUUUAAUUUUUUUUUUACCACUUCCUUAUUGAAAACUUAUCGGGAAGAACAGCUUUGGCUUUACUGUUGCAAUUAGUAUUAACAGAGAUAUUUAUUUUCUAUUCAGUGUUUAUUGAAUUUUAGAAUGACCACAGUAUAGUAGAACCCGCUCUUAAUGCCAGUAUCGGAACAUAUCAUUAUUAACUCAGCAGUACGUGGGUUCAGCACAAUUUUACAGCUGUUACUGUUCUAAUGCAAUAUUAUCUAAUAUUGAUAGAAUUUAUUUUUCUUGUUGUCCUACUGUGAAUUGGUUAAUAUUUUAUUUAAAUGCUGCUUACGGCCUCUUAGUCUCAGGAGGAAAAGGGAUGAGUUCUCUUUUAUUUUGCUUUUUCAAGCUUGUCAGUGUUAAUGGUUUGUGUGUGGAUGUAUGUGGUUGAAAACUAACUACACUUAGAGGAGACUGUCGGUCACCGAAAAUGGGCUUUUUUCCAUUUUAACCCCCCCCAUUUAAAA